AUCCCUUUUUUUGUUCAAACUUCUCUCUCUUUCUCGUUAAGAUCCAAGAUUAUAAAUACUGAAAUUAAAUAAAAAACAUUCAGUUUGUGAGUAUUUUAUUCUCUUUUUGUUGUGAUCCUUACUUUGGUGUGAGGGGAUUUUUCUCACACAGUAUAUUCUUCUUCAAUUCUGCUUAGAUCCCCAUUUCUGAUAUUGAAGAUAUGAGUCUGGGCUCUGUUUUUAGCAGACACCCUCUUCCCAAAAUCUGAUCUUUUUCAUGAUCAUCAACUUUUCUUGAAUUUUUUCAAUUGGGUUAUUUUGGUGGUAGUGAGCAAAAUGCCUACAAGAGUGAUUCAAGAUGGGAUUUUUGGUGGAGAUCAGAGGUUGUGUGUGGGGAAAAAGGUUAUGUUUAAGGAUGUCAGAGAGGGAGAGGGGAGAGAAGGUGGUAAAGUUGGGAUGGUGAAGAAUUCUUGCAAGAAUGUUAGUUUCUCUGAUGAAUCAUCAUCUUCUAUAGGGAAAAACAGUGAUGUUUCUGAGAAUUCAAUGGAGAAAUCUGGUGAUGGUGAAGAGGUUCAGAGCUCAUAUAUAGGGCCAUUGGAUGCCAUGGAAGAUUUGGAGAAAGUUUUGCCAAUUAGGAGGGGAAUUUCGAGGUUCUACAACGGGAAAUCGAAGUCAUUUGCGAGCCUACGAGAUGCUUCGUCGUCGACUUCCAUCAAAGAGAUUGCGAAAACAGAGAGCGCACAUGCGAGGAAACGGAGAAACCUGCUCGCCACCAACCUCUUCCACCAACCUCAGCGAGGCUCCCCGCUGAAGGGCAAUGGGGCGGGCAUAUUAAAGAGGGUAGCUAGCAAGACCACAUUGGCUCUGGCCGUGGCAAUGAGCAACUCGGAGAGCAAAUGCAACUCUCCGAGUGGCUCCUCCUCGCCAAGGAAGGAGGAUUUCUCAACAUCGAGAUCCUUCUCCCUGGCUGACUUGCAGCAUUGUGCUGGCGUUAACCUAAACCUAAACUCGAAUUCUAACGGAAUGGCUUUGAAGCCGACCGGAUAGAUGCCAUAGCUAACUUGAAACUAUGCUUAUUUUUUUUGUUGAAAGAGUAGUGUUAAACCAUCGAGGGAUCGAAAUUUUGAAUGUAAUUGGAACUUUGGUCAUUAUAAAAAAAAUCGAGUGUAGAGAGACUUGUUUAUAACCGUAA